UCCGAUAUCGCGAUACCGAAAGCCUAUCAAGUUUUUCUUUUUCUUUUUCCAUCUCGUUGUUAUAAAACAAUGUAUAAACAAGUUUAUUAGUUUGAUUUAGUGAAAGAUGAUUCGAAAUUGAAUAAUUUGUCCGGCAAUAACGAGAAUUCGUCGAUACCGUAGAAGGCAUUCCCCUCCUGGAAGACAGCCCUACGCAUCAACACAGUUUACCAUUGAACGAAUACUGAUGCGAGCAGGGUAGAGCGCACUAAUCACACACAAGAGCACAUUGAAUAUUCAAAGCAAAUUGAUAAAACGACAAAUUCAUUCAUCGGCAGAGUCCACACCAACGUGCAACGUGCAAAUCGGCUAGAAGAAAAAUAAUGCAACCAUCAGAAUAAUUUGCCACUUGAUCAAGUGCGCUGUAUAAUUUCAAAAUUAUAGGAAGGGAAUGCGUACCAAUAAAAUCUACUAAUUUUAUUACCUAAAGAAAAAAAGCCUAGAGAGAAAAAAAAAUUCGUCGCCUUAAUUUAGAGGAUCGAAUACGCUUACGAAUCAAUUUUUAUAGGUUAUAAAAUUUAUCGAUUUAAAUUUACCAUAUUUAUUAUUAUAAUUAUAGCCUAAUGACAAUAAAACUAAAAGGAGAAGAAGAUUUGAGAAAUAUGACGUUCGUAGAGAAAGUAAAAUUUUACAUGUCUCUGUGUCUGGGCGUGACGGCUUUACUGUCUGUAUUCGCAUUCUUAUUUUUGAUCCCAUUCGUCGUCGAUCCUUCGAUCACAACUAUAAUGGCGAAUUUCGACGCUACGCCGGUUGUAUGCACAACUGCUAGACAUAUUUAUGCAGAAGGACUCAGUAAUUGUACAUGGGCCUCUUGUAAAGAAGGCUGCACGUCGGCGACUCCACGAUGUCAUCAGGUGUACGUUAACUAUUCGCAGAUACCUUAUGAAGACUGGGAAAAGGGCGGAUUAAACGUCGACCAAAUAAACUGGGUCGUCGGACCGGUGAAAUUUUUCAUCAACACAGAAGGCUGCGGGUACCCUCCGCGAGUAAACUGCACAGAAUUCUCUAGACGUUACGGAGCCGAAAGGGACUCGGUCGUAUUCCCUUGCUAUUACAGCAAACGAUACCCGGAAGACAAAGCGGUGGCUCAUUUCGACUGGAACGACACUGUGAAAAAUCUAGUCAUGGCAAUCGGUAUACCGAACGUGUUAUUUGGAUUAUCCAUCGGUAUCUUGAGCUAUUGGUACUGCUGGCCCAGUCCUUACGACAGGCAUCCCAAUAUACUCAGCACAACGUACGCCACUUUCGACUCGGACAGCACCAGAAGUAAAAAAAUCAAAUUAUCCAAACCGAAGCUGACCUUCGCCGAUGAUCGAAACAACUCCGAUAGUUUGGUCAAUUACAAAAUCCACAGCUUGGACGACGAAGACGACGACGAAUCGGACAGCGAUGAUAUAAAAAAUGACUGAUUGCCGUACACAUAACGUAACUGGACGUACCUACACCGCGAUAUUUUAUAUUUACUACGAAAAAAAAAUUGUUUAAAAAUUAACGCCAUCUUGAUAUGAAUUUUUUUCGAUUGAGUAUUUUCAUACUUUUAUAUUUUAUACCGAAACCUUUUGCUACUGAAAAAGGUAUACCGUUGAUUUUAUUGUUGUGACCUCUUAAAAUAUACAUCGUUUUCAGAGCGUUUCCAAGACACGAUCGAGUACCCCAAAGGUCCCUCUCAAUUCUCGUUUUUAAACGUGUGAAGUGAAAUACCAACCCUUCCAUUAUACGCACAUAUCUGUUCGCAGUAAAAGGAGCAUACCUUUCUCUAAACGACUUUUACGUGCUGACGAAAAAAUAAUCUGGCGUUGAAUUUUCAAUCUUCCUCGAGAGGUUUGACAUUUCAUUUUCAACUUAAAAACUUUUCAAAAGUAUACUCGAAACGAUGAAGUUUAGUUUCGAAGCGAUUACUGCGCGUCACUCGAUCAGCUCUAACGCUUUUCCAAUAUACCUACUCGUACUCGUACUGAAACCACAUACACACCUUCUCUUACCCGCAAAACUUUCUAUACCUAUGAAAUAUUUCUACUACGUUUUUUUCAUCUAAUUUUUCAAAAAGCUAACGCGUUUUUUUUUCUUUUCCACAACUACUUCCCCUCCACUGGUUCCUGUUAAUUUUUAAGUAUUUUUCUCUAUAUUCUUACGUUUAUUUGUUAUUUUUUUGUUUAGUAAUGUAUAGGGCUUUCAUUAUAUUUAUAAUCCCGUCCUUAAUAUUACAAUUUGGCUUCAACCAGUGUACCUAACACAAAUUUCUCUCCAUAGAACAUUACUACAAUUUACAAUGUACUUCUAAUGACUAAUUAAAAACAAGUACCUAUGUUGUUAUUGUGUAUUUUUUCAACGUAUUUCGCCAUAAUGUGUAAUUAUGUAAAUUUCUUAUCUAAGAUUGCGUUGUAUUAUUUUGUUUUUUGUUAUGUAGGGAAUAAAAAAUUAUCAAUUUAAAAA